CACGCCAAACGACUUCAACCCCCACACGACUUGCUUCCUCAUCCUCCUCCUCCAUAUAUCAUCUCCAUCAUCAUCAUCAUCAUCAUAUCUCCGACGAUGUCGACGAUCUCCGGCGAUGACCAAACCAUCGAAAAGCCGCUACGGGUGAUACCCGGUAGCUACGGCAUACCAAUAUUUUCAGCAAUAAGAGACCGUCUGGACUUCUACUACAACCAAGGGCAGUACAAAUACUUCGCCACCCGUGUGGCCCAACACGGGUCUACGGUCAUUCGGACCCAUUCCAUACCCGGCCCGUUCUCGGCGGACUCGCGGAUAGUUGCGCUUUGCUGUGCGAAGUCGUACCCGACCCUUCAUGAUCCCACCAAGGUGCUCAAGAUGAACACUUUGCUUGGGCACUUUACGCCUUCGCUUGGGUUUACCGGUGGUUAUCGGGUCUGUGCUUAUUUGGAUCCGUCUGAGCCUAAUCAUACUCUAAUUAAACAGGUUUAUCUCGACGCACAAUUGGCACGCAAAUCCUUCUUCAUCCCCACCUUCAUCACCGUCUUCAACCUCUUCGACGACAUCGAAUCCAACCUCCGUGUCCACCCCAGCGGCGCCGCAUUCAACAAGCCGUUCCAGGCCGCGGGAUUCCGCUUUGUCGGGCGAGGCUCUCCUCCCUCCCCCGCCAUCACCUCUGCCGCCCUCAAGUACAUCUUUUUCCAGUUCCACCAGAACAUGUCGAAGCUCGGCCCGAUCCCCAGCCUCGUCGAGGACCUCGCCCUCCACAUGUUCCCCUUCCCUACCUUCAUCGCGAAAUCGAACACCAAGGCUCUAUACGACUACUUCAGCUCGUCGGGAGGUUGGAUCAUCGACAUGGCCGAGAAAAAAGGGAUGCCGCGUGACGAGGCGUGCCACAACCUGAUAUUCGCCUGGAUAUCGAACGCCUACCUAGGCGUUAACGCGUACCUGCCCAGGCUGUUCAAGUGGGUGGUGCACGCGGCGGCGCCCUCCAUGCGAAGGCUCGCUGACGAGAUCCCCGUCAUCGCCGCCGACGAUGGCAAGGUGACGGCAUCGCUCGAGAAAAUGGAGCUGGCGAAGUCCGUCGCCUACGAGGCCUUCAGACUCGACCCGCCCGUGCAAGUGCAGUUCGCCAGGGCGAAGACCGAUAUUGUUGUCGAGAGCCAUGAUGCCAAGUUCGAGGUGAAGAAGGGGGAAAUGCUCGGAGGGUUUCAGCCGAUGGCGACGAGGGACCCGAAGGUGUUCGACAGGGCGAACGAGUUUGUGCCGGAGAGGUUCAUGGGGGAGGGGAAGAAGAUGUUGAGGUACGUAUACUGGUCGAAUGGACCGGAGACGGAGGAUGUUAAGGCGACCGACAAGAUCUGUCCCGGGAAAGACUUGGGGGUGAUGAUAGGACGGCUGUUGUUGGUCGUCGUAUUUCAGAGGUAUGAUACGAUCACCGGAAAAGUUUCAGAGGCCAUGGAGGAUGUUACGACGACGGUGACCGGAUUCACCAAGGUCAACGCUGCUAGUUCCUCAUGAUCAGGUGAAUGUUGGAUGGAUACUUGUACCCUGAAAUUAUGUGGUAUUUUAACGAGACUUGUGUUCUGAGAAUUUGCUUAGUUUGUGUUGGUUGUGAACGUGUUACUACGUACAAUGUGGUUAAGUUUCUGAUAUUUUGUAUUUUCUUUUCUGGAUUGGGUUUUUCUGCA